AUGGCUUGUAUGUAUGCUUGGCUGUUGUUCCUGAUUGCUCUUCAGCCUGUGGUUGGGCAGAAGUUCAAAUCAUUAGAUUUUGGUUUCGCGUUCUAUGAUGUGUAUGCACAUGCUGUUGGUUUUGAUACGCGUAAAUCACAAAUGAGGAAAAUAGAUGGUAUUACUACUUGGUAUAGUGUGGUAUGCAAUAGGGAAGGCAGCAAGAAGUCGAGCGAGGAUGACCAAGCGAAUGCACGGUCUGGUUUUUCAAUCAAGCGCCGACGGUUAUCCAAGCGGUGUGGAUGUAAAGCGAGGAUAUCUUUCAAGUUCUUCUCCGAAGGAGGAGUUCCAGGUUAUUUUAUCGAGAAGUUCACCGAGGUUCAUAACCAUUAUAUGGUUGAGUCAGAGCAUCAACAUUUUAUGUCACUCAACCGAAACUUGGAGGACGUACAUCACCAAUUUAUUUUGGAUUGUUCGAAGGCUAAUAUAGGCCCCACACUUACGUUCAAUGUUUUGAAGGAAAUACUUGGUGGUUUUCAGCUAGUUGGUUGCAACGUUGGGGACAUCAGGAAUGCUUCUCGAGACAUCAAAGCAUACGCACAUGGUAUUGACAUGCAAAUGGUUUUGGAUGAUAUGGCUAAGAAGAAGGAGAUGUCCGAGGCAUUCACAUACGAGUACGAGGUUAAUGCUAGUAACCAAUUGGUUGCUCUGUUUUGGUGUGAUGGUUUGAUGAAGAGGAAUUACCAUAUGUUUGGUGAUAUAGUCGCUUUUGACACCACCUAUAACACCAAUAGGUAUUGUAUGAUCUUCGCGCCAUUCACGAGAAAUGACAAUCAUGGUCGAUCAGUAACUUUCGCUGCUGGUUUGGACGGAGAUUUCAAGAAAGAGUUCAAUGCCUGCGUCUGGUCGGAUCUGCUUGAACCCGACAAGUUCAAAGAAGAGUGGAACGGAGUACUUGAACGUUACGGCCUAGAAGACCAUGGUUGGUUGAAGACAUUGUACGACUACAGGCAAUUAUGGAUACCUGCAUACUUCAGGGAUUUCCCACUUGGGUCGAUGAUUAGGACCACCUCGAUAUCUGAGUCGGAGAAUAGCUUCUACAAAAACUUUUUGAAGCCACGCAACAAUAUUGCCGAAUUCUACUUGAAUUUCAACCAAGCUUUGGAAUUUCAGCGGGAUAGUAGAACAAAGUUGGACUACCAAGACGCUAAUGCCUUGCCUAUAUUGGCCACUACCUUGCCGUUUGAGAAACAUGCUUCAACGAUGUACACAGAUAGUAUGUUCAAGAAAAUACAAGAAGAAAUUUUUGAGCGUAAUGACAGAUGCCGCGUGUUGGGGUUCUCCUCUGCAGACCUGGUCGACACCUACAAACUUGGGGACAGCCUUCGCAAUUCUUACUUUGUUAGACAUGAUAAGAGUGACGCGUCAUACUCCUGCGAUUGCAAACUUUUCGGUAGGCAGGGAUAUCUGUGCAGUCAUAUCUUCUUUUUGUUCAGGAACAAUGAAGUGAAAAAGAUUCCGGAUCAAUACUGCGCAAGUAGAUGGAUGAAGACUCCGUUAGCCAAGGCUGUCCAUGGUCAGUUUGAUGACACUCUACCUACCAAGUCCAUCGUUGAUGAAAGGCAAAACAUUUCAAAGCAAGAGAUUUCGUUGUUCUAUGGUUUUCUUCGCCGAUUUGAGUCGGACAUUAAUGUCCUUCGAGCGUUUGUUGGGGGGCUUGAAGAUCUUGGAAAUUCUCUUCAAGCUGGUAAUCCUACAAUGUCCGCCUCUGAAAAAAGGCGAAUGAUUGAACAGUUUUAUGGAAUGGAAAGGCCCGAAGUUGUCGAGGUCUAUCCUUCGGAUGUUGUAAAGACAAAGGGCCACGCGAGCAGUUCGCAAGCCGUCUGA